AUGACUUUUAUUCAUCGUGCGGCGACUCGGCUUUUAAGACAAAAGCCAGUACUCAAUAGUAUCCCUUUUAGAAAUUUAUAUAGAACCGGCGGUUUAAAAGCCAGUAGUUUCAUAGGCCGUACAUUUGCUACUGAAACGAAGGGUGAAAAUUUUGGUGUAGUCCAGGCUGUCAUUGGUGCAGUAGUUGAUGUUCAAUUUGAUGAAAAAAGUUUACCACCUAUUUUAAAUUCUUUGGAAGUUCAAAGAGAUGGUGGUCGCCUUGUACUUGAGGUUGCUCAACAUUUAGGACAAAAUGUUGUGCGGACUAUAGCUAUGGACGGAACAGAAGGUCUUGUUCGUGGCCAAAAAGUAGUGGACACCGGGUCUCCAAUUAGAAUUCCAGUCGGUCCAGAGUGUUUGGGUCGUAUUCUUAAUGUUAUUGGAGAACCAAUUGACGAGCGUGGACCUGUCAAAACGAAAAAAACAGCGCCUAUUCAUGCAGAGGCACCGGCAUUUGUUGAUCAAUCGACAGUUCCAGAAGUUCUGGAAACUGGUAUCAAAGUUGUUGACUUGUUAGCACCUUACGCUAGGGGUGGUAAAAUUGGCCUUUUCGGUGGAGCAGGUGUCGGAAAAACCGUCUUAAUUCAAGAACUUAUAAAUAACAUUGCCAAAGCUCAUGGUGGUUAUUCUGUUUUUACUGGAGUCGGAGAGCGAACUCGUGAAGGGAAUGACUUGUAUCAUGAAAUGAUACAAACCGGUGUAAUAAAACUUGACGGCGAAUCUAAGGCAGCACUUGUUUUCGGUCAAAUGAAUGAACCCCCUGGUGCACGUGCACGUGUUGCAUUGACCGGACUUACCCUUGCUGAAUACUUCCGAGACGACGAAGGCCAAGAUGUCUUACUCUUCAUUGAUAACAUCUUCCGCUUCACUCAAGCUGGUUCUGAAGUGUCUGCUUUGUUAGGUCGUAUUCCUUCCGCUGAAAGAAUUACAACAACCAAGAAAGGUUCUAUAACUUCAGUUCAAGCCGUGUACGUCCCAGCAGAUGACUUGACAGAUCCCGCACCUGCCACAACUUUCAGUCAUUUGGAUGCUACAACUGUCUUAUCCCGUUCAAUUGCCGAGCUCGGUAUUUACCCAGCAGUAGACCCACUUGACUCAAAAUCUCGUUUGUUAGAUCCUAGGGUCGUCGGUGAAGAGCAUUAUCGAGUCGCUACAGAUGUUCAAAAGACUCUCCAAGACUAUAAAUCUUUACAAGAUAUUAUCGCCAUUUUGGGUAUGGACGAAUUAUCAGAGGAAGAUAAACAAACUGUCGAACGUGCGAGAAAAAUUCAAAGAUUUUUGAGUCAACCAUUUGCUGUUGCCCAAGUCUUUACUGGAUUCGAAGGUCGUUUAGUUAAGCUAAAGGAUACAAUCCGUUCAUUUAAAGAAAUUCUUGAAGGCAAAUGUGAUGAUCUACCAGAAGCAGCUUUUUAUAUGGUUGGCGAUAUUGAUGAUGUCAGAAGGAAGGCCGAAGAUAUUGCAAGAGAAAUGCAAUCCAAUGAAUGA